AUGUCUUUAACUGAAAAUCUCGAAGACUUAUCCAUUGUUUGGCUUGACACUAAUAGUGCCAAUGAUACAGAUCGACGAGUUCGUUUUCGUGAUAUAAUUAAUUACAUAACGUUUUUUCAAACGUAUGAACAGUGUAUUGAUUAUAUAGUGUCUAACAAAAACGAGAGAAUAUUUUUUAUUGUUUCCGACUCAUUUGUGGAAACAAUAGUUUCACUUAUUUAUAAUAUGUCACAUAUAAUUUAUAUUUAUAUCUAUUGUGCAAAUAAAUCGUUAGACAAAGAGUGUAUAAAACAAUAUAUAAAAGUUCAAGAUAUAUUUACGGAGGAAUACAGUUUAUUUUCUAAAUUACACGAUGAUGUAGAACAAUAUCGAAAACGUUUAUCACCACCAAUAAGCAUUUGUAAUUUAUCAAUGGUUAAAGAAAAAUCCAUUCAACAUUUGAAUAAAGGAUGUGCAGCAUUUUUAUGGUUUCAGUUAUUAAUCGAAUGUGUGUUCCGUUUGGAAGAAACAAGUAUAGAGAAUGCUAAAAAAGAAAUGUUAGAUGAAUGUCGACAAUAUUAUAAAGAUAAUAAGGUGGAACAAAAUAAAAUAAUUGAAUUUGACAAGAAUUACUCAUCAGAUAAACCUAUGGAAUGUCAGCGUCCGUCAAUUGAAUCAGUUAUUUUGGAAAUACAUAUUGACACAAAUGUUAUUAAAAAACCAUUUGUUAAUUUAAGUGAUUUAAGCAAACACAAAGAUGAAAAGGAAAUACUCUUAUCACCGGGUAUUGUUUUUGAAAUUAAUGAGGUUUGCCAAUCAGAAAGUAAUCAUUGGCAUGUAAAAUUGAUAGUCAAAGGUGAACAAGAAAUAAGAAUACAUCAAUUAAUGGAUCACUUCAAACAAGAAUUAGGUAAAACAACAACAUUAUUACAAUUGAGUAAACUUUUAAUAAUAAUGGGUGAAUAUGAUAAAAGUGAACGAUAUUGUAAAUUGUUGAUGAACCAGAUAUCUGAUGAUCAUCCUGACAGAGCUCAAUUGUAUAAUAAUUUGGGUCUUACCUAUGUUGAGAAAGAUAGUUGGGAAUUAGGAAGAAUGUAUCUACAAAAAGAACUUUAG